AUGGAACAAAGGAACAAUGUGACUGAGUUUGUCCUCUUGGGGCUCACUCAGAGUCUCCAGGGUCAGAAAAUAUUAUUUGUUGUGUUCUUACUCAUCUACAUUGUGACAAUGGUGAACAAUCUACUAAUUGUUGUGACUGUGGUGGUCAGCCCAACACUGGAUGCUCCCAUGUACUUUUUUCUUGGCUACUUAUCAUUUAUGGAUGCUGUUUAUUCUACUACAGUUACUCCAAAUAUGAUUAUAGACUUACUUUAUGAGAAGAAAACCAUUUCCUUUCAAGCUUGCAUGAUUCAGCUUUUUGUAGGACACUUAUCUGGUGGUGCUGAGAUUUUACUUCUGGUGGUCAUGGCCUAUGACCGCUACGUGGCCAUCUGCAAACCCCUGCAUUAUAUGACCAUCCUGAACCAACAGGUGUGUGUUCUGCUGCUGGUGGUGGCCUGGGUUGGAGGUUUUGUGCAUGCUGUAGUUCAGCUUCUCUUUGUUUACAACCUUCCCUUCUGUGGCCCCAAUGUCAUAGACCACUUCAUCUGUGACAUGUACCCCUUAUUAAAACUUGCCUGCACAGACACCUAUGUCAUUGGUCUUACCAUGAUUGCCAAUGAUGGGGCAAUAUGUGUGGUCGUUUUUAUGCUGUUACUCCUCUCCUAUGGAGUCAUUCUGCAUUCCCUGAAGAACCUUAGUCAGGAAGGGAGGCGUAGAGCCUUAACCACCUGUGGCUCCCACAUCACUGUGGUGGUCCUCUUCUUUGUCCCUUGUAUUUUUAUGUAUGUGAGACCUCCUUCCACCUCACCCACUGAUAAAUUCUUGACUGUGUUUUACACUGUUUUCACCCCUAUGUUUAACCCUUUAAUCUAUACCCUGAGAAAUGCAGAGAUGAAAAAUGCCGUAAAGAAGCUUGGGACCAGAAAAAGAAAAUGAGGUCGUAGACAAAUGCAUCACCUACUGUCCAUAAAUAAUUGCCCCCUCCAGGAUGACAAAAUAUAACAAAAAACCCAAAUCCAUUGCCACUGAGCUGAUUCCAGGAAACCGAUGUGUAGUUCCUUAAUUGUGGUAAAUAUUUCCUCAGGUUUCAUAACUUGUGCAUAAUGAAAAACAUUUAUUGGAAUACUUUCAAUGAUAAAUUUUGUUCAAAAUAUAUUUCUAAGAUUUUUUAUUUCCUGGGAAAACAUAUGCUAAUUUUUUUGGUAUAGAAUGGUUCUGUUGAGUCUAUGAAGUUAUGUUCUAUGCAAUGACUUACGCUACAGUUAAUACCAGUCAUUUAUUUUAGUUGAUGGAAGAUUUUCUCAAGUCUCUUUCUUAAAUAAAUAUAAUCAUUUUCACAAUUAAUAGCACU